CGUACAUCAGAUUGCGCAAGAUGGCUGACAGAUGAAGCAAUACCGGGUUUGUCGUUGGCGUGUUGUGGCAUAACCCCGGCUCGUGAUUGCGUGAUGAUGCGACACGGUUCAGGGCAGUAUAUAAAAGGCAACCCCUCUUCUGCUUCUUUGCCUCAUCCCCAUAAUUACUAUUCAUAAUUAGCAUCAUGGCCCCCUCAGUUGCUACAGAUCUUCCCAUUCACUCGUCCUCCAACAAGGAGCAUGUGUAUCCUGCUCCUCUGAGGCCCAGCGGUGCUCUGGAUGAGUUCGCAUUCGAAGAGACCACGCCCGCCAUUGGCCGUGAAUAUCCCACCGUCAACAUCGUCAACGACCUCCUCAACGCCCCCAAUGCGGAUGAGCUGGUGCGGGAUCUUGCCAUCACGAUCUCCCAACGCGGUGUCGUCUUCUUCCGCGCUCAGGACAAUCUCAGCGAUGACCUUCAGAAAGAACUCGUCCACCGACUAGGCCAGCUGACUGGAAAGCCUGCCGGCUCGACGCUGCACGUCCACCCAUUGCUGAACAACACCAACGAAUUCGGUGUCGCCGACAACCAAAUUAGCACGAUUAGCUCUCUCGCACGGAAGAAGAUGUUCAACCACGCGCGUCAGCCCAACCAACGUCAAUACGACUCAGCCCAAUGGCACUCGGAUAUCCAGUUUGAGCCAGCCCCAGCAGACUACACCUCGCUGCGUCUUACCCAGCUUCCUCGCACAGGAGGCGACACCCUCUGGGCUUCAGGAUAUGAUGUUUAUGACCGCUUUUCUCCAAGAUAUCAGCAGUUUUUGGACAGCCUGACGGCGACGUUUGUUGGCGAGGGCUUCCUCCAAGCUGCUCAGCGCAACCCGAAGGACUACAAGAUCUACACGGAGCCGAGAGGCAGUCCGUUGAACGUUGGCGAGGAGCUGAAGGCAGUGCAUCCAGUCGUCCGCACAAACCCGGUCACCGGGUGGAAGAGCGUCUUCGCCAUUGGGCCAUUUCCUAGAUACAUAAACGAGCUGAGCCCGAGUGAGUCGGAGGAGCUGUUGAGAAAGUUCCGUACCAUCAUCACCGAGAACCACGACCUCACGGUGCGGUUCAAGUGGAGGAAUCCUCAUGAUAUCGCUAUCUGGGACAACCGAAGUGCGUUCCAUACCGCGACGUUUGACUACGAAGGACUUGGGGAGCGAUUUGGCCACCGCGCAGUGGGCAUCGGUGAGAGGCCGUAUUUGGACCCAAGCAGCAAAUCAAGGCUGGAUGCGUUGGAUGCUGAGAAUGCUUGAUCAAAGAAUAGUAUGAGUAUAUAGUAUAGCUUUCAUCUCUGUCAAUAUGUACAAGAUAAGGUAGUGGCUGGUCCAAUCAGAUUCUGGUGAUAAUCAC